AUGGAGAUGUUGAGGCAAAUGAACAUAAGAGAGUCAAUGGAUAAGAAUGAAGUAUUGAAGGUGCAUCAAUAUAUUGCUCACUUUUGGUACCAAGCCGGUUUGUCAUUCAACCUCAUUAAAUUGAAAAGCUUUAAGAAUAUGGUUGUAGCCAUUGGUCAAUAUGGGCCACAUUUGCCCAUUCCAAGCUAUCAUGACAUCAGAGUUCCACUCCUGAAGAAGGAAGUUGAAUACACUGAAAAUUUGAUGAAAGGCCACAGGGAGCAAUGGGUCAAGUAUGGUUGUACUAUUAUGUUCGAUGCAUGGACUGAUCGAAAACAAAGAUGUGAAAAGCUUUUUGAGUUGCUUGAUGCUAUUGUGGAGGAAGUAGGAGAAGAGAACAUUGUUCUAGUUGUUACUGAUAAUGGGAGCAACAAUGUUUUAGCAGACAUUGGGAAGCUUCCCUUGAUAAGGAAGACAAUUAGAAGGGCAAUUAAUCAAGUUAGGUUUAGCUAUGCCCAUUUUAGUACCUUAAGCUUGUUAAGAAAUUGUAGAAACAAGAGGGAAUUGGUGAGACAUGCUAUUACUAUAUUUUCCACUUCUUAUCUAACCUUGGAAAGGCUCCACAAAGAGAAAGCCAAUAUUAGAAAUAUGUUUAUUUCUGAUGAAUGGAUCCUAAACAAGUUAUCUAAGGAGCCUAAGGGGAAAGAAGUUGCAAAGGUAGUGCUCAUGCCUUCUUUUUGGAAUAGUGUGGUUUACACUCUUAAAGUCAUGGCUCCACUUGUCAAAGUGAUUCUUCUUGUGGAUGGUGAAAGGAAACCAGCCAUGGGCUAUAUUUAUGAAGCAAUGGACAAGGAAAAAGAAACAAUUAUCAAGUCUUUCAACGACAAUGAAAGCAAGUACAAAGAUGUGUUUGCAAUCAUUGAUAAAAAGAUGGAAUUGUCAGCUUCAUAG